ACUUGUUUUGAACUCUUUUGCCUAACGAUGGAAGAAGACAGUUCGAGUUCAAUCCCCUUGGAAGUUCGCUCUCCUAUUAGUAAGACUCCUCCUGCUGCCGUCAUGGCUUCUCUUCCGCGAACCAGCCUUCAAGACGAUAAACCAAAAAGUCGUAAACCUAAAGAUACAAAGUUUAAGCAGCAACGUCUCCCUGCAUGGCAGCCUAUUCUAACAGCAGAAACUGUUCUGCCAGCAUUCUUUGCUCUUGGAAUCACCUUCAUUCCUCUCGGAGCUGUCCUACUGCUGACAUCAAACCAUGUGAUGGAAAUAACAGCUGACUACACCCACUGUGUUAGUAUUCAGAGUACUGCCAAUACAACCUGCUCUGAAAUCCUCAAGAUCAACAGUACAUCUAACUGUCAGUGUCGUAUAGAGAUUGAUCUCAAGAAUAACUUUAAGGCCCCAGUGUACUUGUAUUAUGGACUGACCAACUUUUAUCAGAAUCACCGACGCUAUGUCCGUUCCCGGGAUGAUAGGCAGCUAAAGGGCGAUAUAUUCCCACCAAAUGAACUUGUCCGAGAAUGUGAGCCAUUCCGUCUGUACAACAAAACAAUUGGUUAUGCACCAUGUGGUGCUAUAGCUAACAGUUUGUUCAAUGAUUCUUUCCAAUUGGACUAUGUGAACAGAUCAAGAACUGUGCCACUGAUCAAGACUGGGAUUGCUUGGGAUUCUGAUAAGAAAGUGAAAUUUCGUAACCCAUCACAGCCAUUGAACUCACAGUAUGUUAAGCCUCCCUAUUGGCAGAAGAGCAUCUGGGACCUUGAUCCAAACAACACAGAUGAUGAUAAUGGCUACCACAAUGAAGAUCUAAUUGUGUGGAUGCGCACUGCAGCGUUACCAACAUUCCGUAAACUUCACCGCCGUAUUAACCAUACUGGUAUAUUUUCGGAUAAUCUACCGGCUGGUAGAUAUUGGGUAACAAUCAACUACAAUUAUCCUGUGACCAGUUUCGGUGGCACCAAACGUAUUGUGUUGACUACAAUGUCAUGGCUGGGAGGCAAGAAUCCUUUUCUGGGCAUCACUUACCUGGUUGUUGGCUGCAUCUGUAUCCUCCUAGGAAUCGUUCUGUUUUUCAUUCGUUUCAGAUGUGGAAAGAGAUCUCAAGAAUUGAACCUGCGAUGAGUUACAUAUUGACCAGAAGAGCUGACCAAUCUGCCAGCCACCUGUUCCACUGGGUGACUGGCAUUUCAUGUACUGUGAACUUCUUUUCCUUUGUAAACCUUAAUAUUUUAUAAAACAUACACUGUUUUAUAUAUAUAUAUACACACACACACACAUAUAUAUGUAUAUGUAGUUUGUGUGUAAAGUAUAUUCAUAUAUGGCGAAAUAUACAUAUACACACAUGCACAUGUUUCUGUUGAUAAUGUUUGUGUAAAUACUAAAUACAGUAAUGAAUGGAAUAUUUAUUUAUACAUAUACAAGGUAUGUAAGCAGAUAUAUUUGUGUAAUCUGUGCUCUCUCUCUCUCUUUACAUAUAUAUAUAUAUACACACACACAAAGGUGAAAUACACACAUAUAUAAAUAUACAUGCAUACUCACUAACAUAUUGAUACCACAGGUAACAGUUGAAGCAUUCCAAUAAAAUUGAUGUAAAUUAAAGCCAUUUUUAACUCCAUCUUUGUGAUAUAUAGCAAGAACAAAGGAUUUAUAAACCUACACAGUUAUAUCUUUAUAUACACACAUACGGUUUCUCUCCCUUUUGUUGGUCUCUGAAAUCCUGCCUUCAAGACAUAUGGUCCCAUCCCCAGUUUACUGUGCUCUCCCUUUAUAAGAUCCUCUUCCACAAGUUGUAAUUUUACUUUAAAGCUUUAUUAUGUUUUGAACCCCUGCUUCAAUAUAUGUGCACACAUUCACAAAUCAGUGCACACAUACUUGCACUUGUGUGCACAAACACUGGGUUUCUAUUAACCCUUUUGAUGCCAUCCGACCAGAAACCACUCUUGGUUCUAUGAUCUGAAUUCCUUGUUUUAAAACGAUCUAAAUUAAAACUUUCUUUUAAAAUUUCAUGUAAAUUUAUAUUACAAACAACAGCUUAAUAAUGUCACUCAUUUUAAUUCUUGAUUAUUUUCAAAAUAUGAAACAGAGGCAGUGCAUUUCAG